AUGGCUGAUGAUGCCUUGGCGCUUGGCCUCGCUGCCUGGGAGAAGGACGCCGCCUUCGUGGGGGGACCCUGGGCGCUGCUUGCCUGCGCCACCUGCCGAUGCCUCCAAGUGCCGCAGUUGCAGCUCUCUUUCGUGCUCACAGGGCUACCACCGGAACCGCUGUCUUCUUCACUUGCACUCCUCGCUCUCCCAGCUGCCACCGGGAGGAUGAACACAGCAUCUGCCUGCUCUUCCGCAAGCGCACCGGUGGGAGGCUUCCUCUCAGAGAAGCCAUACACGCCGCCAUCCUGGGCAAGGCACCUCUCCCUUGUCCCUUCCCACGCCUACUCGCUCGGCCAUUUCCCAACACCAAUUCAUAUAUGGAAACUACCCAAUCUGCCGCAAGGCACAGAAAUAUGGAUCAAGCGAGAUGAUCUGUCUGGCAUGCAGUUGAGCGGAAACAAGGUCCGGAAGCUGGAAUUUCUAAUGGCAGAUGCCGUGGCACAGGGUGCGGACUGCAUUAUCACCCUUGGUGGUAUCCAGAGCAGCCAUUGCCGUGCGUCCGCUGUGGCAGCCAAGUAUCUCAAUCUUGACUGCUAUUUGAUACUACGUACAACCAAGGAUCUUGUAGAUAAGGACCCUGGUUUGGUGGGCAAUCUCCUUGUUGAGAGAUUGGUUGGCGCACACAUUGACCUUAUAUCAGAAGAAGAUUAUACCGAAAUCGGCGGUGAGAUCUGA